GACAGAACCGAUGCUUACCGACUAAGCAACGACGACUAUGCUAACGACCAGUGCAAGAUGGCGUCCCAGUCAAAUGCUUGGAAACUAACUGUUUUGAAUGCAUUUCUCUUUAUUAACGGCUUGGUUUGUGUUUCAUCAUUACCAGCAACUAAUAGCACCUCUGUGAAAGUUGGUUAUUUAUGGGAUGAUCCAAAACUGGAAAAUGUACAUACCUCAGAAGUUGUUAUGGACAUGAAACACACAAGAAGUAUCUUGAGGCUGAUAUGUGAAAUCAACCCUCCAUUACCAAAUGAGGGAAAGCAUUGGGACAUGAAAGAUGAACUUGUUAAAUGGCAAAAAACAGGUCCCAAGGUAGAAGAGGUCAAAAGUGUACGCUACUGGUCUGAUGAUAUGACCAAAACUGCUAUUUCUUUCUCAAAUGUUACACUUGACAUCCUUGGGAGUUAUUCCUGUAUCUAUGGUGAUGUUUUGGCCACAAUUAAUGUGCUAGUGGCUGAUGUGGAGACAGCUAAAAUGUUGAAAACCCCAGAAAAUGUGAUAGAGCUACACACCUGCAUCUCUUACAUGAAAGAUAAAUCUGGGAUAAAUGGAUGGAGAGAUGAACAAAAUCUCUUGAAGCCUAUUGGAACAAAUGAAAACUGCCCUGUGCAGCAGAAUUCAGAGCAUUCUGCAACAACAGUUCACCAGCUUUAUGCUUCAGAUUUCAAGGUCAUUGCAGCUAUGGGAGAUUUGUUUACAGUUGGCCAAGGAGCAAGAGCAACAUCAGUGAAUGGAUUUUUCUUGGAUUACAAAGAUUUCUCAUGGAGUCUUGGAGGAGCAAAUCAUCUGAAUCAAACAAUAACAGUGCCAAAUAUCAUCAGGCAAUUCAGCCCAUCUGUAAAGGGUGCAUCUGCAAAGGUGUCACAGGAUGACGAUGAUUUUGUUGAUGAUCUUAAUGUAGCCUUUAUUGGUGCCUCUGCAAGCGACCUUGAAAAUCAAGCCAAGGACCUGGUUUCAAGAAUGAAAGCUAUGAAGGGUAUUGACUUCAAGAAUGACUGGAAACUUCUCACAAUUUGGAUUGGAACAGAUGACCUCUGUCAAGUUUGUGAGAAUGAGGAAAAAUUCAGUGCUGGCUCUUUUAUAAAAUAUAUGAUGCGCACACUAAAUUACCUAAAAAAUGAGGUGCCCAGGUUGUUUGUGAAUUUAGUUCCACCCAUGGAUGUUUCUCCUCUUUAUGAGUUACAUCAAGCAAAUACCAACUUGUGCCAAAUUCUGGGAUGGAGCUCUUGUCCUUGUUUGAGAAAGGUUGCCACAGAAAGAGCUAAAAUUACCAUGGCUGUCAAACAGUAUAAGAAAUUAUUGGAGGAACUGGUGAAUAGUGGAAUAUAUGACACAAAGGAUAACUUUGCAGUGGUUAUUCAACCUGCCCUCCAGGUGCCGCCAAGAAAUCAGGAUGGUGAUUUGGUGAAAUCCUUUUUUGGUGUGGACUGCUUGCACUUCUCUGUUCAAGGUCAUGCUGCAGCAGCACUAGCUUUGUGGAACAAUAUGUUGGAACCAUUUGGAUCCAAGACAAAGCAGUGGGGUGACCAGGAGACCUUAAGAUGCCCAUCUAAGGACAAGCCAUACAUGUUCACCAAAGUUAACAGUAGAACAGUCACAAAUACUGUUGCUGCUAAUGAUAAUGAUGACAGUGAUGACAGGUCAUCUCCUGGUGACUUUCCACCUGUUGCUGCUGUGGCUUUGGCUAUGUCCCUCACAGCUGUUGUCAUUAUUGUAGUUGUGAUGGUGUGGAGAGGACGAAAAUCACGGCGGAGACCAGAGGCAUCUAGAUUGCUGUAUGCUUCUGGACCUCACAAACCAAGACUAUGAGCAUUUUAGAAAAAAAAGAAGGCUUACCAUUAAUCACCAUGGCUCACUAGUUUAGGUGAUUGUCAGUGCUCUGGGCUGACAAGUGAACUUACAGCUUACUGUCAGUCACUUAUGUGGUAACCUUUGUUCUGAAGUCCCAGACUGUUUAGAUUGACCAGUUGGAAAAGAGUCUAUAGGCAAAAUAAUUUAUUGUAUAAUAACAGGUUUCCUGGUGUAUAAGUUUCAAAAUAAUUCAUUACAGAAUUCAUAACAAAGUAAUUAAGAUGUGUUAUAAUGAAGAUUUACAUGUGAGAUCUUGUUAAUUGUGAGUUAGAGGUCCAUUCAUUCUAAAUUAGUAGUUUUGUGCCCACUUUAGGGAAAACACCACAAUUUUUAGUGGUUUGUACAUUCCAGAUGUGAAGAAGCACAGUAUCUUUGACUCUUUCAUCAUUAGAUUCAUCAUAACCUUCAAUAAUUUGAAUAUAAGUAUAUACUAAAACAGUAAAAAGUGUUAAGGGAUGCUUUGAUUGGUUACUCAAACUCCAAAUAUCCUCUGCUAUUCACCUCUGAGCUACUCAUGCAGGAUUUGGGCCCACAAAUACAAGUGAAUAAAUGAGUUAAUAUCAUCUUUUUGUGCUAUAUUUUCAGUGUAGGUAGCAGAGGUGGAUCUUUAACUUGCUGCUUCCCAGCUUGGUGAACAUUCACCUCUAGCCACCUCCACUUCAGUGAAUAAUUGUUACCUGUUCAUUGAAGAUCAUCAGUCCUGUCAAAGGCAGGGGGGAAAAAAGGUUCAUCACCUGCCCUUUAAGGUUACCUUGCUGUAAAAAGGUAUACUUUAACUGUGCAGUUAUUUAAAAAGAGAAUUUCCCAUUUUUGCUCAGACUGUUAAAUGCUUCAUUGCAAGUUGUGAAUAAAACUUUCUUGCAAUUCAGUGAA